AUGGACCCCUCAAGGCUUGACAAUCUUCGGGAGAAAAGGGAAAAUGGACCUGGAAUUGGGAAACUGUCGGAAUCACCAGAUGGACCAAGUUCCCUUAUCAGCCCCAUUACUCAUAACUUUGCAGAAAUUGACCAGGGUGGAUGUGGAGACCCUGGAAUCUCAGCCUAUGGCAAGAGGGAAGGCACAGGCUUCCGACAUGGAGACAAGCUAUAUUUUGAGUGCCUUCCAGCCUUUGAGCUGGUAGGAAAAAAGAACAUUUCCUGCCAGAAAAAUAAUCAGUGGUCAGCCAAAAAGCCAAGCUGUGUGUUUUCGUGUUUCUUCAACUUCACAACUCCGUCUGGGGUCCUGCUAUCACCAAACUACCCUCAGGAGUACGGAAACAACAUGCACUGCGUGUGGCUGAUCAUCGCCAAACCCGAGAGCCGCAUCAACCUGGCCUUCAACGACCUGAGCAUGGAGAAACAGUUUGACUUCCUGUCUAUUAAAGACGGCGGCAAGGCAGAAUCACCAAUUCUGGGCACCUUUUCUGGAGAUGUGCUGCCAUCACCCAUCACUACCAGCGGCCACGUGGCCCGACUGGAAUUUCUGACUGAUCAUACGUACACAGAACGUGGCUUCAACAUCACUUUCACCACUUUCCGGCACAACGAGUGUCCUGACCCUGGUGUUCCAGUAAACGGAAAGCGCUUUGGUGAGAGUCUACAGCUUGGCAGCUCCAUCUCUUUUCUGUGUGAGGAGGGGUUUAUGAAGACCCAUGGAUCUCAGACCAUCUCCUGCAUUCUCAAAGAUGGAAAUGUUGUGUGGGACAAUGCUGUGCCACGUUGUGAAGCUCCAUGUGGUGGAAACUUGAAGGCCUCUAGCGGCAUCAUUCUGUCCCCAGGCUGGCCUGAGCUUUAUAAAGAGGCCCUCAAUUGUGAGUGGAUCAUCGAGGCUCUGCCAGGAUAUCCUAUUAAGAUCAUCUUUGACAAAUUCCGGACAGAGGUUAACUACGAUGUUCUUGAGGUACGAGAUGGACGCUAUCCUUCUUCCCCUCUGAUUGGCAGUUAUCAGGGUACACAGGUCCCGCAGUUCCUCAUCAGCACCUCCAACUUCCUGUACCUGCUCUUCACCACUGACAAGAGUCACUCGGACAUUGGCUUCCGCAUCCGAUAUGAGACCUUGCAGCUCCAGUCGGACCAUUGUGUUGAUCCUGGAAUCCCAGUCAAUGGUCAGCGGCACGGCAAUGAUUUCUAUGUGGGGGCGCUGGUGACGUUCAGUUGUGAACUAGGAUACACCCUCAGUGACCACGAGCCCCUUGAGUGUGAGCCUAACUUCCAAUGGAGUCGCCCUCUGCCCAGCUGUGAUGCGCUUUGUGGCGGGUUUAUUCAGGGGAACAGCGGCACUAUUCUGUCCCCUGGGUUUCCUGACUUCUACCCCCAUAACCUCAACUGUACGUGGAUGAUUGAAACUUCACAUGGUAAAGGUGUCCAGUUUACCUUUCACACGUUUCACUUGGAGAGUCCACACGACCACCUUUUAGUCACAGAAAAUGGUAGUUUCUCUCAACCCCUGUGGAGAUUGACCGGGUCUACACUGCCGCCCCCUCUCAGCGCUGGACUUUUUGGCAACUACACCGCUCAGAUCCGUUUCCUCUCUGACUUCUCUGUGUCCUAUGAGGGGUUUAACAUCACUUUCUCAGAAUACGAUCUGGAGCCUUGCGAAGAUCCCGGCGUCCCCCCCUUCGGCACUCGUAAGGGGCUGCAGUUCGGGGUGGGGGAUGCGCUAAUCUUUUCCUGUUUUCCGGGAUACCGUCUCGAGGGGCCUGCGAGGGUGGUGUGUCUAGGGGGGCGUCGGCGGGUUUGGAGUUCCCCUCUGCCAAGGUGUGUUGCUGAAUGUGGAUCGUCUGUAACCGGGAAACAAGGAGUUUUACUCUCUCCUAACUACCCUGGUUACUACGGUAACAACCAUGAGUGCAUCUACUCCAUCCAAACCCAAACCGGUAAAGGGAUCCAGCUCAGAGCGCGGGAUUUCCGGCUGGAGGAGGACGACUUGCUUAAGGUGUAUGAUGGUAGCAGUAACAGUGCCAGACUGCUGGGCACCUUCACAGGCAGAGAGAUGAUGGAUGUUACUCUAAACAGCACGUCCAGCACCAUGUGGCUGGAGUUCAUUAGCAACAGUGAUAAUACCAGCAAAGGCUUCGAGCUGCACUUCACCAGUUUUGAGUUGGUAAAGUGUGAGGAUCCAGGUGUGCCUCAGUUCGGUUUUAAACGGGAGGACAAAGGUCACUUCGCAGGCAGCACGGUGUCAUAUAGCUGUGAUCCUGGCUACACUUUAAAGGGCCCGGAGGUUUUGACAUGUCUCAGAGGGGAGAGGAGAGCAUGGGACAGCCCACUCCCACUGUGUGUUGCCGAGUGUGGAGGAACGAUUAAAGAUGAGCCUGUGGGCCGGAUUCUGUCUCCUGGUUACCCAGCUCCUUAUGAGCACAACUUGCACUGUGUCUGGACCAUUGAGGCGGCACUUGGAAGCACCAUCGGGUUGCAUUUCCUGGUCUUCCACACAGAAGAGGUACAUGAUGUUUUGCGGAUCUGGGACGGGCCUCAGGAUGGAGGUGUUCUCCUGCGAGAGCUGAGCGGCUCUACACUUCCUCCAGACCUCCACAGCACCUUCAACUCCAUCAGUCUGCAGUUUACAACCGACUUCUUCACCAGCAAGCAGGGUUUCGCUCUGCAGUUAUCAAUUUCAACUGCCACUUCCUGUAAUGAUCCUGGCAUUCCAACAAAUGGCACCCGCAUAGGAGACAGCAGAGAGCCAGGGGAUUAUGUGCUGUUCCAGUGCGAUCCCGGAUACCUCCUACAGGGGGCAACCAAAAUUGCCUGUACCGAGAUCAACAACCGUUUCUUCUGGCAGCCUGAUCCGCCUACCUGUUCUGCUCCAUGUGGAGGGAAUCUGACUGGUCCCAGUGGACUGAUCCUGUCCCCUGAAUACCCAGAGCCAUAUCCUCAUGGCAGAGAAUGUGACUGGACAGUAACUGUAAUGCCGGACCACAUCAUAUCACUCACUUUUAAUCACUUUAGUCUAGAACCGAGCUACGACUUCCUGCACAUCUACGACGGGCCUGAUUCUCUUAGCCCUCUGCUGGGCAGCUUUUACGGGACGGAUGUCCCUGAGCGCAUUGAGAGCAGCUCCAACAAGCUCUUCCUGGCCUUCCGCAGUGACGCCUCACUCAGCAGCAAUGGAUUUGUCCUGCAAUACACUGUCUACUCAGUCAUUGUGCCGAAAGACUACGUGGUGUUCAGCCAAUUUGCAUUCUUCCAGACUGCACUAAAUGAUGUUGUGGAGGUGUAUGAUGGGCCUACCCAGCAUGCCCGUGUCCUGAGUUCUCUCUCUGGGGCCCACACAGGUGAAUCUUUGCCACUAGCCACCUCCAACCAGAUCCUUAUCCGCUUCUCUUCCAAGGGCCAGUCAAGCUCAAGAGGUUUCCACCUGGUCUACCAAGCUGUCCCGAGAACCAGUGCGACACAGUGCAGCUCAGUCCCAGAGCCCAGACACGGCAGGCGCACUGGGAACAACUUUGCGGUGGGGGCCGUGGUGAGUUUUGAAUGCAAUGCAGGAUACGUCCUGGAGGGGCCCAGUGCCAUCGAGUGCCUGACUGUACCCAACGCUCUGGCCCAGUGGAACGGCAGCAUCCCCAGCUGCAUUGUGCCAUGUGGAGGGAAUCUUACCCAGCGGAUAGGCACUAUUCUGUCCCCUGGCUAUCCUGAGCCCUACCUGAACAGCCUGAGCUGUGUAUGGAAGAUCACUGUGCCAGAGGGAAUGGGAAUCCAGAUCCAGGUGAUUAGCUUUGUGACUGAGCAGAACUGGGACUCUCUUGAGGUGUUUGAUGGGGGUGACAACACUGAAACCAUGCUGGGGAGCUUCUCAGGCACAACCGUCCCAGCCCUCCUAAAUAGCACCUCCAACCAGCUCUACCUGCACUUCUUCUCAGAUAUCAGCGUCUCUGCAGCCGGUUUCCGUCUGGAGUACAAGACUGUGUCCCUCACUAGCUGUCCUGAAACGGUUGUACCCAUGAAUGGCUUCAAAGUGGGUGAGAGAUUACAGAUGAACAGUGUGAUGUCCUUCCAGUGUGACCCUGGAUAUACUCUGCAGGGAGUCUCCCAUAUCUCUUGCAUGCCAGGGCCUGUGCGCCGCUGGAACUAUCCGCCUCCUCUCUGCAUCGCUCAGUGUGGGGGAAUCAGAGAGGAGAUGGAAGGCACCAUCCUCAGCCCUGGUUUCCCAGGAAACUACCCUAGCAACAGUGACUGCACCUGGAGGAUUUACUUGCCAGUCGGUUACGGGGCUCAUGUGCAGUUCUUGAACUUUUCCACUGAGGCCAACCACGAUUUCCUGGAAAUUAGGAAUGGGCCUUUUGACACCAGCACAGUGAUUGGCAGAUUCAGUGGGCAGGACUUACCACCAUCUCUUCUAACCACUUCCCAUGAGACUACUAUAUAUUUUCAUAGCGACCACUCUCAGAAUAAACCUGGCUUCAGAUUUGAUUAUCAGGCAUAUGAACUUCAAGAGUGUCCUGAUCCUGAACCCUUUCACAAUGGUGUGGUGGUUGGGGCUGGUUAUAAUGUGGGUCAGUCCAUCUCCUUUGAGUGCUAUCCAGGAUAUCAGCUGAUGGGACACUCCAUUCUUACCUGUCAACAUGGGACUACGCGCAACUGGGAUCAUCCGUUUCCUCGCUGUGAAGUGCCCUGCGGAGGUAACAUUACAUCAGACAAUGGCACUAUCUUCUCCCCCGGUUACCCAGAGGAUUACCCCACUUCUGCUGACUGCAGCUGGCUGAUUACGGUGGCACACAGCCUGGGUAUCCGUCUUAAUUUUACCCUCCUGCAAGUCCAUGGCCCCCAAGAUUUCAUCACAGUCUGGGACGGACCGCAGGAAACAGCUCGCAAACUUGGAGUGUUUACCGAGGGAGAGCCCAACAACCCACCAAGCAGCACAUCUAAUCACGUUCUAAUACGUUUCCGAACCAAUUCUGAGAAAGGUGGACUGUUUAAGAUCAACUACCAAGGUCCAACAAGACAGAGUCCACUGCUCAUUUCUCUGAGUGGGAACUAUUCAUCUCCCUUCAGUAUUACUAGCACUGCAAACAAGGUUUACCUACACUGGUCUUUCGAUCACACCUCCAGCCACAAGGGCUUUCGAAUCCGCUACUCCGCGGCAUACUGCAGUACCCCAGACCCUCCUGUGAAUGGCUCGGUGCAUAGCCAGACGGGUACAAAACUUGGCAGUACCUUGCGCUUCAGUUGCGACCGGGGCUUCAACCUGAUUGGCCAGACCACCGCCACCUGCACCCGCACCCCACAGGGCAUCUACCAAUGGAAUGCUCCAGUGCCGCUUUGCCAAGUUGUUUCCUGUGGGAUGCCUAUUGCGCCAGUGAAUGGCACUGUCAUUGGGCAGGACUUCACUCUCAGCUCUAGAGUCUCGUUUUCUUGUAAUCCUGGUUUCCGAUUGGCCAAUGCUCAGCCGGUGUCAACGCUUUGUCAAGAGUCUGGGAGGUGGAGCCCGAUGGAGACCCGCCCUCGUUGCGUCCCUGUGACCUGCCCUGACAUCGGCCACUCUGCAGUGGAUCAUGGGAGGUGGAGGCUUAUUUAUGGCAUGCAGAAUAAAUAUGAGGCCAUGAUGAUGUUGACCUGUGACCCUGGAUAUUUCUACAAGGGUCAAAGGGUCAUCCGCUGCCAAGCUAACGGCACCUGGGAUUACCCUGAGCCGAGACCGUCCUGUGAAAUCAUUUCCUGUGGUGACUUUGGAACCCCUCCGAAUGGCAAUAAAAUAGGAACAUUAACCGUGUACGGAGCGACUGCCAUUUUUUCCUGUAACACGGGUUAUACUCUGGUGGGCUCCAGAGUGAGAGAGUGCAUGUCCAAUGGCCUGUGGAGUGGAGCUGAGGUCCAAUGUCUUGCUGGACACUGUGGCACACCAGAGCCUAUUGUGAAUGGCCAGAUCAUCGGAGAGAAUUACAACUACAGAGGCAGUGUCGUUUACCAGUGUAAUCCUGGAUUUCGACUCAUCGGCGUGUCUGUUCGCAUCUGUGAGCAGGACCACCGCUGGUCUGGAAAGACUCCCAUCUGUGUCCCCAUCACUUGUGGACAUCCAGGCACCCCUGCUAAUGGUGUGACUCAGGGAACGCAGUUUAACCUGAACGACAUAGUGCGUUUUGCCUGCAACCCUGGUUAUGUUCUGCAGGGUGCAAUCAAGUCUCACUGUCAGCCCAACGGCCAGUGGAGCAAUGCUCUGCCCAAGUGUAAAAUUGUGAACUGCACUGACCCGGGACAUGUUGAAAAUGGUGUCAGACAGGUCCUGCCCAGCGGGCCUCAUCGUUACAGUUUCCAGACCACAGUUUCUUACAGCUGUAACCCUGGAUACUACCUGCUGGGCACCAGCACUCUGAGCUGUCAGGGUGACGGCACAUGGGACCGUUCCCUACCCAAGUGCCUCUUGGUUCUGUGUGAUCGUCCCAGCAUGCCUCCGUAUGCACAGAUCUCGGGGGACAGGCGCACAGUGGGCUCCGUUAUCCGCUUCAGCUGCAUCGGCCAGCGCAGCAUUGUGGGCAAUACCACCCGUAUGUGCCAGCUGGAUGGCCAGUGGAGCGGCUCCCUGCCACAUUGCUCUGGGGAUUCUGCUGGUUUGUGUGGAGACCCUGGCGUUCCAGUGCACGGGAUCCGUCUGGGAGAGGAGUUCACCGUAGGGAGCAUCGUACGAUUCAGCUGCGAGUCUGGCUACGUUCUGAAGGGCUCCUCUGAACGAACCUGCCUGGCUAACGGGAGCUGGGUGGGCAUCCAGCCUGAAUGCCACGUGGUCUCCUGUGGCAACCCUGGAACUCCCCGCAACGCCAUGAUCCAGUUCCAUGAUGGACUUGUGUUUUCCCGCUCUGUAAUGUACUCCUGCAGAGAAGGCUACUACUCCACCGGCUUGCUCACUCGUCAUUGUACUGUCAAUGGCACCUGGACCGGGGACAUGCCGGAAUGCACAGUCAUUAACUGUGGAGAUCCUGGAGUGCCAGCUAAUGGUAUCAGACUGGGUAUUGACUUCACGUACAGCCACACUGUGAGCUUCCAAUGUUCACCAGGUUUCACUAUGGAUGCCGAUCGUGCCUCUAUGCUCAUCUGCACCAAGGAUCGCACAUGGAACAUCACCAAGCCAGUUUGCAAAGCCAUUGUGUGUGGCACACCUCCCAGCAUCCCGAAUGGUCAGGUUGUGGGGUCUGACUUCCAAUGGGGGUCCAGCAUUAGUUAUAGCUGUAAUCAGGGUUACCAGCUUUCCCUUCCCACUAUCCUCACCUGCCAGGGCACAGGAAACUGGAGUGGCGAACGGCCGCAGUGUUUUCCUGUAUUUUGUGGAGAUCCAGGGAUACCAGCCCAGGGCAAGCGAGAAGACCGAGGGUUCACAUACCUGUCCUCUGUUUCAUUCUCAUGUUACCCGCCUUUGAUCCUGGUUGGCUCUGCUCGCCGUUACUGCCAAUACGAUGGAACCUGGAGUGGAACCCAGCCAUCUUGCAUAGAUCCCAGUCACACCAGCUGUGUAGAUCCUGGCACUCCUCUCUUUGGCCACCAGAACAACUCUCAAGGCUACCAGAUUGGUAGUUCAGUGUAUUACAGCUGCAGAAAGGGCCACCUCCUUCUGGGCUCCAUUUCUCGGACAUGUUUGCCCAACCUCACCUGGAGUGGCAUGCAGCCUGAGUGCAUCGCUCAUCACUGUAAUCAGCCAGAGCUCCCUGCACAGGCAGAUGUAGGUGCUAUAGAACUGCCAUCUCUGGGUUAUACGCUCAUCUACACCUGUCAGCCUGGUUUCUACCUUGCUGGAGGGUCUGAACACCGUACCUGCAGGGCUGAUGGCAGCUGGACAGGGAAACCUCCGUUGUGUGCACCUGAUAACAGACCAAGCGGAAAAACUGUAGGAACAGUGCAAGAGCCGCCCAACACAAAGCAACCCGUGCCAAGUGGGGUUUUUGCUAAGAACUCUCUUUGGAGGGGUUCAUACGAAUAUCUAGGAAAGAAGCAGCCAGCAAUGCUUAGCAUAACUGCUUUUGAACCAUUCAGCAAUCGGGUCAAUGGCACUCUCAUGGACCACAGUGGAGUACAGCUCAAUCUGGCUGGUACCUAUAAGAAAGAAGAAGCCCAGUUGUUGCUGCAGGUGUAUCAGAUUCGAGGCCCUGUGGAGAUCUUCGUUAACAAGUUCAAAAUUGACAACUGGGCCUUGGAUGGACAUGUGUCAUACAUGCCUUCUUCUGAUUCAUUUGUAUACCAAGGCUUUGUUCGAGGAAAAGGCUUCGGCCAGUUUGGACUUCAGAGGCUGGAGGGCCUUGAUCCAAAUGGCGAGAAUCCAGGCUAUAACUUUGCCUCCAAUAGCAGUUCAGUGGCAGCAGCCAUUUUAGUGCCUUUUAUUGCCAUGAUCAUAGCAGGCUUCGCACUGUAUCUCUACAAACACAGAAAAAGGCCCAAAGUACCCUUCAAUGGUUACGCAGGCCAUGAGAACACCAACGGAAGAGCCACUUUUGAGAACCCUAUGUAUGACCGUAACAUCCAGCCCACUGAUAUCAUGGCCAGUGAGACCGAGUUCACAGUCAGCACAGUGUGCACAGCAGUAUAGCGACCGCUCUAGUCAAAGGCUGCAUAUAAUCUUUCCCUCUCCACACAACUGUUCCCAUAGUAAGAAUGGGCCACAUGGAUGGACAAAAGAGGAGGAUG